AUUUAGAUGUGCACAGCAGAUGCGAGAGCCAGGCUGGCGUCCUUGAAGAUGAAGAUCUGGAGUUGGGACCCCUGGUCACAGGCGUGAGUGGGGGUCUGAAGCACGCUGCCCACCCCAAGAACAUGACAACAGCCCAGGACGGCCAUGGGCAAGGUGCCACAGCCACUUGCCCAGCCUCCAAUCUGAAGGCUCCCAAAAUGGUGACCCCCUCGGUGUGUCAGAAUGGAGGCUGCAAAAGCAGCCCCGGCAGCGACCCUGAGGCCGCGGAGGCCAGGCUCAGCCCUUCCAAGCUUGUGCGCCUCUUCUCCGGUCGGAAGAGGGUGAAUUCGCACUCUGAGAGGCCUCGCUCCGUGGUCCUCGUGGGGAACUCCUCCACGUGGAAUGCCCUGGCCUCCUUCCGUAAAAUGGGAUCUUUUAAAAGAUUGAAAUCUUCUGUCCUUCAAGGAAUUCAGAACCGGGAGGGGGCAGAAAUUUCCAAGGACGAGCCAUCAGGAGACCCAGCAAGGGCUGCGCCCAAUGGUACCUUUAACAUCCUGGGAAAGGGCCUGGGCAGGUGUCCAUCCUUGGGGCCUGUAGGGGAUGGGGCCGGGUCCGACUGCUCUGAUCCUGAGGACACGGAAGACGCUUUCCAGAGGAGCACUCACCGUUCGCGCAGCAUCCGCAGGGCCUAUGGCCUGGGCCGCAUCAGCCUGCUGGACCUGGGGCGGCAGCCAGUACCAGAGCCCGCCCUGUGCGAGAUUCGCGUGUGUGACCCUGAGCCCAGUAACGCCGUGCCCCUACCGCGCAGAAGCAAAAGCAUUGACAGCUUGAGCGUCCUGAAAAGCUCCUUCAAGCGCAAGUCGGCCUCCAACCUCACGGAACUGCCAGGUGACAGGCAGGUUCCCCCCAGGACCCUGAGCAGUUUAUCCACGGACUCGGAGAAGCCCAGUGGCUCCGAGAGAAGAACGAGACGCUGGAGGAGCCCCAUCCGGGCCAAGGACUUUGACAGAGUCCUAAGACUGGUGAGUAAUGUCAAGGAUGCCGCCUGGAAGAGGGAGGCCUCCAGGGGUGCAGCCCCUAGCCCUGGUCCCGGCCUGGGAGAUGUGAACCCACCACUGGGACCGCGAAGCAGACUCCAUGAUGACUACUCGCGCCGCACCAGCAGCAGUGUGGAGCCAGAUGCCAGGCGCGGUGGCCCUUUGUCUGCACCCUGUAUCCCUGCACCAUCUAUUGCUGUGCCCUACGUAGCUCCAGAACCCCACCUGGAUGUGGACACUGCCGUAUUCCCCCUGGAAACCAAAAGUGCUCAGGCGCCGGGAAACGAUGGGCCUCGAGUCGGCAGCCCCUCACCAAUCCCCGCAGACCCAGAAGGGUUGAGCCAAGCCUCCAAGGAGGCACAUAGUAGCAGCCGGCAUCCCUUUGACCUUGUACCGUUUCCCACCCCUCUGAGGCCCACCACACCCAAGCCCCAAAGCCCUCAGAGCCCAGGAAGCACUAAGUGCCCCAGCAGUCUAAGCGUGUUGUCACUCAGUUCAGCGGACAGUGAAGAAAGGACUGAGGAUGCUGCCCAGAGGCUGCCAGGACCGGUGUCUCUCCAGGAUACUGUGCGGGUCGCGGCUGGUGACGAGGGAGAAGUCAGUGACAGGAGUUUUCCCGUGAAUCUCCAGGGAGUCACCAAUCCAGAAGAGAGGAAAGAAGAGGUGGUGACUGAGGAUGACUGGCGGCAGGGCUCAGCCCAGGAGGAGGAGCAGAAUGAGGCACCCCGAAUCUCCAGGAGGAGGUGGGGCUCAGGGAGGCGCACCCGGCCACGGCCACUAUCUGACUAUGGCCAGCUUGGCAGCAGAAGCUUGUCCAUUCCUGAAGAUGCCAUUGCUGCAGACCCUCCAGAUGAAGACCACGUGGACAGGAUGCUCCCAGCAAGUGUGACCACCACCAGCCAGGACCCACGUGCCCCCUCAGGGUGUUCCAGAGGAGGCCGGAGAAGGCGACCCAUAUCCGUGAUUGGAGGGGUCAGUUUCUAUGGCAACACCCAGGCCGAGGAUGUGGAGAACCUCUUGGUCCAACCAGCAGCCAGGCCUCCCGUGCCCGCACACCAGGUCCCACCCUACAAGGCUGUGUCUGCCCGCCUCCGGCCCUUCACCUUUUCCCAGAGCACUCCCAUCGGGCUUGACCGCGUGGGGCGCCGGCGGCAGAUGAAAGCAUCCAAUGUCUCUUCAGAUGGAGGUGCGGACUCUUCAGCCUUAGUGGAUGACAAUGGGAGCGAGGAAGACUUCAGCUAUGAAGAGCUCUGCCAGGCCAACCCCCGGUACCUGCAGCCUGGUGGGGAACAGCUGGCUAUCAAUGAGCUCAUCAGUGAUGGCAGCGUGGUCUGUGCAGAAGCCCUUUGGGACCAUGUGACCAUGGACGACCAGGAACUGGGCUUCAAGGCUGGCGAUGUCAUCCAGGUCCUUGAAGCCUCUAACAAGGACUGGUGGUGGGGACGGAAUGAAGAUAAAGAGGCCUGGUUCCCUGCAAGCUUCGUGAGGCUUCGGGUCAACCAGGACGAGCUGCCAGAGACGGGCAGCAGCUCCCAUGGGGACGAGGAGGACGAGGACGCCAGCAGGGCCCGCCACAAGCACACCGAGAGCCUGCAGCAGAUGCGUACCAACGUCAUCCAAGAGAUCAUGAACACCGAGCGAGUGUACAUCAAACACCUCAAGGACAUCUGUGAGGGCUACAUCCGACAGUGUCGUAAGCACACGGGAAUGUUCACCGGUGCGCAGCUAGCCACUAUUUUUGGCAACAUCGAAGACAUUUACAAAUUCCAAAGAAAGUUUCUGAAAGACCUUGAGAAACAGUACAACAAGGAGGAACCUCACUUAAGUGAGAUAGGAUCCUGCUUUCUUCAGCACCAAGAGGGCUUUGCCAUCUACUCCGAGUACUGCAACAACCACCCAGGUGCCUGCGUGGAGCUGUCCAACCUCACGAAGCAGAGCAAGUACCGGCACUUCUUCGAGGCCUGCCGACUGCUCCAGCAGAUGAUUGACAUCGCCCUGGAUGGCUUCCUGCUCACACCUGUGCAGAAGAUCUGUAAAUACCCACUGCAGCUGGCUGAGCUGCUCAAGUAUACCACCCAGGAGCACAGCGACUAUGACAGUGUGAAGGCGGCUUACGAAGCCAUGAAGAACGUGGCCUGCCUAAUCAAUGAGCGCAAGCGCAAGCUGGAGAGCAUCGACAAGAUUGCCCGAUGGCAGGUGUCCAUCGUGGGCUGGGAGGGCCUGGACAUUCUAGACCGGAGCUCCGAGCUGAUUCACUCAGGGGAGCUAACCAAAAUCACCAGGCAGGGCAAGAGCCAGCAGCGGAUCUUCUUCCUCUUUGACCACCAGCUGGUGUCCUGCAAGAAGGACCUGCUGCGCAGGGACAUGCUGUACUACAAGGGCCGCAUGGACACGGAUGGGGUGGAUCUUGUGGAUGUGGAGGACGGGCGGGACAAGGACUGGAACCUCAGCAUGCGGAAUGCCUUCAAGCUGGUCAGCAGGACCACGGACGAGGUUCAUCUGUUCUGCGCCCGAAAGCAAGAAGACAAGGCCAGGUGGCUGCAGGCCUAUGCAGAUGAGAGGCGGCGGGUGCAGGAGGACCAGCAGAUGGGAAUGGAAAUCCCAGAAAAUCAAAAGAAACUCGCCAUGUUGAACGCUCAGAAGACAGGACAUGGGAAAUCUAAAGGCUACAGCAGCUGCCCCGUGGCCCCGCCCCACCAGAGCCUGCUGCCCCUUCACCAGCGCCACAUCACCGUGCCCACCAGCAUCCCGCAGCAGCAGGUCUUCACGUUGGCCGAGCCCAAGAGGAAGCCAUCGCUCUUCUGGCACACGUUCCACAAACUCACUCCCUUCCGAAAAUGAGCCUUACCCAGAGUGUGCUUCUGAGGCGCUGUGGGCGGGAAGACUGGUUCUGUCUCUUCAGUGUGAUGGACAGGGAUGGCGUCUUGCUCAGUGUUCAACACUUCUUUUGGGGAAUCACUGAAGGGGAAAAAGAGUUUGGACCUUUUAUCUUGAGAGUCCCCGGCUCCCUUGUGGAAGGAAGGAAGCCGUGAAGCCGUGCUCUGUCCCACACUGGAAGCCAAGGCGCACUCUAGGGUGGCCAGGAUAUAGGGACCAGGCCCUUUCUGCAUGGGGACUGCUUACUCAGUGGCUG